CUGUCUCUAUUUCAUUCUCAUGGAGUAGUGUUGUUAUUAAAACGUUGCCGUAUUGCUAGCUGUAAUUGAACGGGAGCUUUUUUGUACUCAUUCUUUAUUUCCUGCUCACCUUCUCCAGCUUAGCUUCUCCUUCUUCUUCUUUAUCUCUCUCUUAUAAUAAAUAGAGUACAACACAAUUCAUCUAUCCUAUAUCUCUUCUUGUCACCAUUAAUAUUACACGCGUCCGUCUCUCCGUUUUCCAGUUUUUAUCUGACAAUGCUAUCAAAUUUAUAACUUUUUUUCCUCUUCGGUUUUCAAGAACUCCACCCAAAUUCAAGAUUUGUUUCUUCUUUUGUGGUUUUAUAUAGUAUUUCUGUAGAUCAGACCCGAAAGAACAGUACCAAGCAAGAUUAAACCACAAUGGCACCGUCCUUUGAUUGGUGGGCUAAAGAAGGGCACAAAGGAACACCGGUGGUGGUUAAAAUGGAGAACCCAAAUUGGUCAAUGGUAGAACUGGAAGGCCCUUCCGAUGAAGAUUUCUUAAUGGGUACCGGUGACUCACCCAGUCGUCGCCGUAACAAGAAUGCUAAACAACUCACGUGGGUUCUUCUCUUAAAAGCACAUAAAGCUGCCGGUUGUUUAACCUCCAUUGCUACCGCAAUGGUUUCUCUCGGCUCCCUCGUAAAACGCCGUCUACAUUCCGGACGCACCGACACAGAUGACGUUGACACUGAACCCAGAACGAACCGAAUGGAAAAUGAGAACCCAACUGUUAAAACCCGGUUUUAUUCAUGUAUCAAGGUUUUCUUGUGGCUGUCGGUGCUUCUUUUAGGGUUUGAGGUGGCCGCUUAUUUGAAAGGAUGGCAUUUUGGUUCUUCUCCACAUCUUCAACUGCAGCACCUUUUAGCGACGCCUUUUGGGUUUAAGGGUAUAUUUGAUUCUUUGUAUUCUAGGUGGGUUUUGUUUCGCGUCGAGUAUUUAGCUCCUCCUUUGCAAUUUCUUGCAAAUGCGUGUAUUGUGCUUUUCAUUAUCCAGAGUUUGGAUAGACUUGUUCUUUGCUUGGGUUGUUUCUGGAUCCGGUUCAAGAAGAUUAAACCCAUUCCUAAAGGCGGUUCAUUAAAUGCUGCUGAUCUUGAAUCUGGUGAAAAUGGUUACUUUCCUAUGGUGCUUGUUCAGAUCCCCAUGUGUAAUGAGAAAGAGGUUUAUCAGCAAUCAAUUGCUGCUUGCUGUAAUUUGGACUGGCCUAAAUCCAAGAUUUUGAUUCAAGUUCUUGAUGAUUCUGAUGAUCCAACUACUCUGUCUUUGAUUCAAGAAGAGGUGCACAAAUGGCAGCAAGAAGGUGCCCACAUUGUGUAUAGGCAUCGUGUGAACAGAGAAGGAUAUAAAGCUGGUAAUCUCAAGUCUGCAAUGAAUUGUAGUUAUGUCAAAGACUAUGAAUUUGUUUCUAUUUUCGAUGCCGAUUUCCAGCCCGCACCCGAUUUUCUGAAAAGAACAGUUCCUCACUUUCAGGAUAAUGAAGAGCUGGGACUUGUUCAAGCAAGAUGGUCAUUUGUAAACAAGGAUGAAAACUUGUUAACGAGAUUGCAGAAUAUUAACUUGGCAUUUCAUUUCGAAGUAGAGCAGCAAGUGAAUGGUAACUUUAUCAACUUCUUCGGGUUCAAUGGGACAGCCGGUGUGUGGAGAAUAAAGGCUUUGGAAGAUGCCGGUGGGUGGUUAGAGAGGACUACUGUUGAGGAUAUGGAUAUUGCUGUCCGUGCUCAUCUUCAUGGCUGGAAAUUCAUUUUCCUAAACGAUGUUGAGUGCCAGUGUGAAUUACCCGAAUCCUACGAGGCAUAUAGGAAGCAACAGCACAGAUGGCAUUCUGGACCCAUGCAGUUGUUUAGGCUCUGUUUGCCAGACAUCAUACGAGCAAAGAUUAGCAUAGGGAAGAAAUUCAAUAUGAUAUUUCUCUUCUUUCUGCUUAGGAAGUUGAUCCUACCGUUUUAUUCAUUCACUCUUUUCUGCAUCAUUUUGCCCAUGACAAUGUUUGUACCAGAAGCAGAGCUUGCAGCAUGGGUUGUGUGUUACAUUCCGGCAACCAUGUCGUUUCUCAAUAUCCUGCCAGCACCAAAAUCUUUCCCCUUCAUUGUCCCGUACCUUCUAUUUGAAAACACCAUGUCGGUCACCAAGUUCAAUGCGAUGAUCUCAGGGCUGUUUCAGCUCGGAAGUGCCUACGAAUGGGUUGUCACAAAGAAGUCGGGUCGCUCUUCCGAGGGUGAUCUUGUUGCCCUGGCUCAGAAAGAACAAACACAUCAAAGAGGGACAUCCGCGCCCGAGCUUGGAGAACUGAAGGACGAGCUUGUGCAGGAAGAAAAAGCUCGGAAAAAGAAGCAUAAUAGGAUAUAUACAAAAGAGUUGGCUCUGGCUUUUCUUCUUUUAACAGCUUCAGCAAGAAGUCUCCUGUCGGCUCAGGGAAUUCAUUUCUACUUCUUGAUGUUUCAAGGAAUAUCAUUCUUGCUGGUCGGUCUGGAUUUGAUAGGGGAGCAAGUCGAGUGACUGAUAUAGGUUUCGCUAUAGGGUUAAUGUAAAUGCAAGCAGCAUUGAUGCAAUGCACACUAGAUAUGAAUAUCACUGAACUGAGAUUUUAUAAGGGGAAGAAAAUUAACGGGAUGCGAGUGCUUCUGUUUCUCGACUGGCCUCCACCCACACGCCGACCCAAUACGUUAAGAUACAAGUAGAUUUGUGCUCAAAGUGGACAGAAGAAGAAUGGCCGCAGUUAGGAGACGCCGAAAGAUUAGAAAAUGUCUCAUUGCUGUUGGUUAUCUGUAAGGUUCCCUUUUUCUGUUUUGUCUAUUACAUUCUUUUGUUUUUGCUUCAAAAUUCUUUUGUAAGAAGAAAAAUUCUCUUGAAACACCAAACAGGAUAAAAAAAAAACUUUAGCUACAAUUUUAAGGUAGGAUGAUAGAACUUCAAAUAUUGUCUUGUUAAGCAUAAUCCAUCCGUUCAGUUCGGAUUAUACGUGCAUUCAUUUGUAGUUAGUUACUAUUAGUAAUGGCGAAAGAGAUCAAAUUGAAUCUCAGUUUGGAUUUCGUUUUCA